AGGGGGCGGGACACAGGAAGAUGGGCGGAGGGUCCCCGUCGGAGGAGGAAGUGCUCUUCUGAGCCGGGAGGCUGACUUUUAACGUUUUUAUUGUUUAACACGAGAAACACUGAAACUUGCCUAAAUCAAACAGAUCCCAAGAGACUACAGAGCAGCGAGUCACCUGGCCCCCCAAGCGCUCCCUUCCCAUCUUUCAGCCAGCCGCUGCGCUGACUGAUGCUUUUCCAGAUGGCGGCAGCAGAGGCGGUGCACCACAUCCACUUGCAAAACUUCUCUCGCUCGCUUCUGGAGACCCUCAACGGGCAGCGGCUGGGUGGCCACUUCUGCGACGUGACUGUGCGCAUCCGCGAGGCUUCGCUGCGUGCACACCGCUGCGUGUUGGCCGCCGGCUCGCCCUUCUUCCAGGACAAGCUGCUGCUGGGCCACUCCGAGAUCCGCGUGCCGCCGGUAGUGCCCGCGCAGACGGUGCGCCAGCUCGUCGAGUUCCUCUACAGCGGCUCGCUGGUGGUGGCGCAGGGCGAAGCGCUGCAGGUGCUCACGGCCGCGUCGGUGCUGCGCAUCCAGACGGUCAUCGACGAGUGCACGCAGAUCAUCGCCCGCGCCCGCGCCCCCGCCCCAGGCGCGCCCCCGCCCGUGCCCCUGCCCACGCCCGUGCCCCCGCCGCUCGCGCCCGCGCAGCUGCGCCACCGCUUGCGCCACUUGCUGGCUGCGCGCCCCCCGGGCCACCUCGGUGCUGCGCAUAGCCGCAAGCAGCGCCAACCCGCACGCCUGCAGCUGUCCGCGCCCCCCGCGCCCGCCAAGGCCGAGGGGUCAGACGCUGACCCCACCCUGCCCGCGGUCCCAGACGACGGCUGUGAGGACGACGACGAGGAGACCGAUGACGAGACCGAAGGCGAGGACGGCGAAGGCGGCGGCCCGGGCGAGGGCCAGGCGCCCCCUUCCUUCCCCGACUGCGCCGCCGGCUUCCUCACCACCGCCGGUGACAGCGCGCGCGAGCAGCCGCCUGCCCCCGCCGCCCUGUCUGACUACGGCGGCUCCGGGAGGGACUUCUUUCGGGGGGCUUCGGCGGCCGAGGACGUGUUCCCGGACAGCUAUGUUUCCGUUUGGCAAGACGAGGAUAGCACCGCCACGGAAGGCUGUGCGGCCGAGACCCCGGCCCCGCCCGACUGCGUCCUGUCGGGACGCCGCCCGCCCGGCGUGAAGACCCCCGGGCCGCCUGUCGCGCUUUUCCCCUUUCAUCUGGGCGCUCCCGGGCCGCCUGCGCAACCCCCAACUGCGCCCUCGGGGCCAGUCCCUGCGCCCCCGCCCGCUUUCUACUCCCAGCUCCAACCGGACGCGACUCCCAGCGCGCCUCUGGGGGAGGCCCCGGCCCCGCCCGCCGCCCCCUCGGCCACCGCUGCGCGCGCCCCGGGCGCCGAGCCGCCCGCCUAUGAGUGCAGUCACUGCCGCAAGACGUUCAGCUCGCGGAAAAACUACACCAAGCACAUGUUCAUCCACUCGGGGGAGAAGCCCCACCAGUGCGCGGUGUGCUGGCGCUCUUUCUCGCUGCGCGACUACCUGCUCAAGCAUAUGGUCACGCACACGGGCGUGCGCGCCUUCCAGUGCGCCGUCUGCGCCAAGCGCUUCACGCAGAAGAGCUCGCUCAACGUGCACAUGCGCACGCACCGGCCCGAGCGCGCGCCCUGCCCCGCCUGCGGGAAGGUUUUCUCGCACCGCGCGCUGCUCGAGCGCCACCUGGCCGCCCACCCAGCGCCCUGAUCCA